AUGUCUCAACCACAGAAUACAUGCCUAGUUUUCGACAGCGACUGUAAGACAUCAGUCAUCCGGAAUGCUCCGCGGCCCACUCCGGCAGACGACGAAUAUCUGAUCCAAGUCCUGUACUCCGGUGUUAAUCCGGCCGAUGUUAAGCAUGGGACAGAACUCGGAAUGCGGGACGUCGUGAUGGGCUAUGAUUUCUGCGGCCGCGUACUCCAAACCCCUACAUCGCCACCAGAGGGGCAGGGAAAAGCCAAUUUCGCGGUCGGCGACCUGGUUGCCGGAAUGACCCCUACAGGCCUAGGGCGGCCACAGAGGUACGGCUCACACCAGAACCAAUUGGCUGCCCCGGAGGAUAUGAUGUACAAAGUGCCUACGAGCCUCCCGCCACAGGAGGCUGCCUCGCUUACUGUGGUCGCUUGUACAGCAGCUGAUGCGCUAUACGGCUUCUUUAAGGUACCGACCCCUGAUGAAAGUGGGCCGCGGACGGGUAGUGCGGGCUCGUUGUUGGUGUGGGGUGGGUCAACGGGUGUUGGUAUCUGCCUCAUUCAACUAGCCCGUGCGAGUGGUGUGUCGCCCAUUAUAGCCACGGCAUCUCCAGGUCGACAUGAGUUGCUCAAGGAGCUCGGAGCGACAUACUGUUUUGACUACAAGGACCCCGACGUCAGUAGCAAGAUACAAGCGGCGAUACAAGAGUCUGGGGCCGGCAAACUAUCCUUCGCUAUAGACGUGGCAGGAUCCAGUGACGCAGUCGAGCUGAUGGAGCAAAUUGUGGCGCCAGAGACGGUUUUACUUUCUACGGUCUUCCAUCCGAGUAGGCCUCAGUUGAGGAUGCCCAUAGCUUGCACUCGUAACGAUUUGUCUCUGCGUUUUCCGAACGGCAAAGAGAUUACUGUACCUGCGCGGGUUGAAGACUGGAAGAGGACAUGGAGCGCAAUAAAUUGGGCGGUGGCUCAUUAUGGCAAGGGCUUCCGCAUACCGGCGGUUGAGGUCUUCGAAGGCAGCGGGGAGGAUGCGUUGGUGGAACUUCACAAAGUUGCUGGCCAGGGAAGGUUUGGCAAGUUGGUGAUCAAGCACCCUUUGAACUGA